AUGCAGGUGACGGAGCUGAACGAGCCUCUGUCCAACGAAGAGAGGAACCUGUUGUCCGUUGCCUACAAGAACGUGGUGGGGGCGCGGCGCUCCUCUUGGCGGGUCAUUAGCAGCAUCGAGCAGAAGACCUCUGCCGAUGGAAACGAGAAGAAGAUAGAAAUGGUCCGGGCCUACCGUGAGAAGAUUGAGAAGGAGUUGGAAGCGGUGUGCCAGGAUGUGCUGAGCCUGCUGGACAACUACCUGAUCAAGAACUGCAGCGAGACGCAGUACGAGAGCAAAGUCUUCUACCUGAAGAUGAAAGGGGACUAUUACCGCUACCUGGCCGAAGUGGCCACCGGUGAGAAGAGGGCGACCGUGGUGGAGUCUUCAGAGAAAGCCUAUAGCGAAGCCCAUGAAAUCAGCAAGGAGCACAUGCAGCCGACCCACCCCAUCCGGCUUGGCCUGGCGCUCAACUACUCGGUGUUCUACUACGAGAUCCAGAAUGCGCCGGAGCAGGCCUCAAGCCCCCCCUUCGACGACGCCAUCGCCGAGCUGGACACCCUCAACGAGGACUCCUACAAGGACUCAACGCUCAUCAUGCAGCUCCUCCGUGACAACCUAACGCUCUGGACGAGCGAUCAGCAAGACGAUGACGGUGGCGAAGGCAACAACUAGACCCCCGCGAUGGACUGGCAGCCGCACGCUGAUGCUAACUACUGCAGUCUUUAUUUUUUUCCCACGAGUGGGGGGGGGUCGGGGUGGGGGAGGGAAAGGGAGGGGACACCUUCCCAGGGAGGACCCCCCACGACCUGUCUUUGAUUGCCUCGUUGACAUUUUUGCCAAAACACCACUAGUGGAAGUCAGGCUGGCUGUGCUGGUAUGGAAUAGCAGCCUCACUGGCAUAUGGACUGUUCUGUAGAUUAUUAAUCCAAGUGGAGCUGUCUUUAAUUUAACUUUAUCGCUAGAAAUAAAAGGGUUUUAAGAUGAAUU